GUACUUGAUAGCACAGUGCUUCCCAUCUAGUACCAAGGCGAUAUGCAUCUUUCGACCAUUCUAUGGAGUUUACUUGUGGCAUUGUUGGGCUCUGAAUUGCUAUCGGCCACGCAGGUUCCACUGAAUGUCGUUGGAGAUCGCGGGGCUGGGGUUGCAAACAAUGCCUUCGACAGUAAUCCUACCCACUGGAAUUUUGAAGAUCUUCCCAGCCCGAAUGCUACUGGUCACCUCGUCUUCGAGACAGUAUAUUCCCUUCUUCAGCACUGGUCAAACACCCGGAUGAGAAACGGUCAUACCAUCGUGCCAGGAACAGUCCCAACUGGAACAUAUCUCUAUCAUGCGACAAAUCGCCACCGUGUUCCUACGGUGCCUGACUGGGUUGCUAUGAAUCCAGAAGAGUCGACAUUUUUUUGCAUGGGCCCCUCCGAAAACGGAUGCUGGCACCUCACCUUGGGGACGAUUCAGCCUCUAAAGGUUCUGUACUCUGGUGGAACCAGCGCCGCGAAGCUAGUGUACGGGAAUAUGGACACGCAGGACGUACUGACUUGGGGGAAAGUGCUUCCUAACCAAACGUCUAUGGAGCGGGAGGGGAUCAACACGCUCUGUCAGUGGGGAAGUCAGCACGGGCUGGAUGGUUUUAUAAGAAUGGAAAUGGACUUGUGGCAAGCCCGGACCCGUUUGACUUACCACCACUUGUACGCGGGAAGUUGGUCUAAUCGUUCCCCCGGCGAACAACAUGUUCGGUUGGACCUUGCCAAUGUCAUCUCGUUUUACGACACGGACCUCAUUCCCUCUCUCGUUCCCGCGCGGUUUGGGAAGGAGCGAUGGGAUCAUCGACUACUUAACAUAGCAGACGAAGAUAUUCGGAGAGCGAAAUCUCGGAUCGAGGAGGGGUUGGCGAGGCCACGGGAGUUGUCAAGUGGGGUGGACUGGAUGGCGUUAAUCAAGACGAUCGUCCAUCGGUAUGCCGACCGACUCGAAUUGAAUCAAUAUCUGCUCGGCUCGAUCACGUGGGACAACCCAGGAGCGAUCCUAGAUGCCGCAAGGAAGACGCAGGUGCAACUGAGGCCGUCGUUCUCGGCAUUCGGGAUUCAGCGUGUCCGUUGUAAAAUUGUUCAGAGAAGAAACUCAGUUACGGAAAUUGGCAACUCAAAAGGAAGAUGCGAGCUUCGAGGGAGGCUGCUUCAAUUAACUGACUCGAGUGUUGUGGUGGAGCGGGAAUUGCUAAGUCUUCGCCCAACCAAAGUGGAAGUUGCAGGGACCGACAAGUUCAGGCCGUCGUCACUACAUUCGUCGCGACAUCGAAGGCACGCACGCAUGUUAAAGCCAUCUUCCUUCCAAGUUUAUCGAACUAGCAUGAACGAUAACACGCAGAUCUGAGAGCGCCGUAGAUCUGCUUUCCCGCGGUGAGAUUUGGAAAUGACAGGACCAGCUAUGGUGAGGGGUUCCAGAACCCGGGCCACUUCCAUUCGACGCGCUUCACGAACCGCAAUCAGUUCCACCCAGAAUAGACGUCGCAGUAAAAGGUCAGGUAGCGAGAUGCUGGUGGAAUGGCA